CAAAAUGUCACAGAGACGUAGCAGCAAGGGCAGGGCCAGUAAGCCAAAGCCCAAAUCACAGGAUAUUGAUAAGAUCCUAAUCAAUCUGAAGAAGUGUAUUACUGACACACAACCUAAGAAGAAAGAACUAGAGGCAAGGCAGAAAUAAGAUUACUGCUUCUUUUAAGGCAGCUAAGAAGGGGUGAUCCAAGGAGGAAGCCCAGAUUCAUGAUAUCUUCCAGGAUUAUUUGAUGCAGGAUAUUGAAAAUGCUAAUAAUAAGGACAUUGAAGAUAGAAUAGCCAAGAUUGACCUAGCUGAGGAGGGAAAGAAAACAGACAAUUUCGGAGACCUUAUGCAAGUAUAUUGCGAAGAAGAAAUUGAGUACAGACUCAAAUCUAUGGAGCAGGCUUUUCAAGCGUUUACAAAAAUUCAUGAAUUGAUGGCUGAUGAGCUUGCAAUGAAGAAUCCUAUCAGAGACGACCGAAAGGGAGCGAAGGACAAAUAA